UAACAGUAUUAGUAUGAUUGAAGAUGGUGCAGCCAAAGAUGAGCAGCAGAAUGAAGAUGAAGUGCCGAAGAGGAGUUAUCAUCUAGAAGCUGAGAAUGCGGAAACUCUGUUCCAAACGCCUGAAGUAGGAGCAGCUCAUGCUACGACUUCCACUACGUCUGCAAAUUAUGGAACAGCUGGUACCGCCCAGGCUAGGUCCUGUGUCGAUGAAGCACUCGGAGGUUUCAGUAGUACUAGCAAAGUGACUUUUUCCGAUCUUCUCGAGGGAGAGGAUUUUGAAAACGAUGCUUGGAAAGCUGGAGACCCCCUAGCACUAGCUCUCCCACCAGGUCGAAAUACCGUUGCACAGCCGUAUGAUCUUCUCAGUCCGGACCAGAGGGACCGAGUACUGGCAGAACUAGAGAAAACAGGCUAUUUCAAUCCAAAACUGGUUUGGGAGCUGCAUCGGAGUGCGAGUACGGGGAAGCUGUAUUAUUAUGAAUGGUCUUCCUAGUCCUAGAGCUAGCGGGGGUAGUUGUUUUAUUGGCAUAGAAUUAGAACUUUUGAGGUUGACAAAUACGCUUAACUCCCAGAAGACUGUUUCAUCUUGUGCUCGAUCGCAUUCUCAUCUAAUUUCCCUAGCGGGGGUAGUACUAGUAGUUGUUUUAUAUCUUGCGCCAGUGAUCAGAUUCCAGCGUUUUAUCUCAUCUAAUUUCCCUGGAAUCCGAUAACUGGCGAGGCUUUGUGGUACGCACCCGGUCUGAACAAGCAGGACGUAGCGAGAGGGCGUGCCCCAGGCUACGUUUCGCCACGUCGCGUUGACGAGACGGAAGCUGCUCUGGUUGCCAGUAGUGCACUGCGCAAGAGUCGUCGAGUUGCAGAAGAUGUAGUUUUUGGUACGACUGCAGAAGAUCAACAGAAUGAGCAACACGAAAGGCAGUUGUUACAGCUUCAAGAUACUAGUACUACAUCUACUUCUGCGAAAAGUCUAGCUUUGAGUGCUGAGCAAGGUGUCGACAACAUGCUAGAAGCAGGACAACAAGAUCAACAACAAGGAAACACCGUCAACGGAGUUGUAGGCGCGAAGAAAGAAGACGAGGCAGCGGCCGCUAAUAAGCGUAAAGUUACGACUGAGGAACUGGCGCAACCAUACUUCGAACCUCGUGUGGACUGGAAUGAGAUGCCGCCAGAAUGGAUGGAUAAGUGGUCCUCAGAUGAAGACAUAGAAGAUGAGGAGGAAGAUGAGGACGGAGAUGAAAACAAGGGUGAUGAUGUUGGAAACGGAGAGGGAGCUGAUAAAGCACUUCCAAAGGAAGAAAAGAUGCC